ACUCAGACUGAUCAUUGUGCACGUAUGUUCGGUUUAUCAUACUUCUUAUUACACUUAUUUCCGGGUUAAUAAAAGCCACAAUUAUACGCGUAAAGUAAAAAAAACCUUUGUUUACKAGUGCUUAGCGCUGCAGAUACGUUGAGCUAUCGCAGACGUAAGCGAAAACGUGAACUCUUACGAUCAAAACUAUCUAAUUUCCUCUGAACUGUAGGUGAUCACUUACAUAAGAUUGAGUUGUUGACUGUUUGAGAUAUUACGCCGCUUAAGCGAAAAGCCAGAGGUUGGAAUUCAAUACACUCUAAUUUGACCACAAAACGAUAUUUCAGCCGAGAGCGCAGCGCAUAAAAGCCAAGUUUAGACAGAAAUUCGUUAGAUUAAACAACGCGCUCGCAAGUGAAGGACAACGAUAUUUUGCAAUAAGAUCUCUUUUAUAAGAGAAAAGUGGGUUUAGAGAAAGUAUUUAAGGAAACUAGGACGUCAAGCAAUCUUCCAAUUUUCAAGGAUGCAGAUAGUUGCAAUCCAGUCAUUCCUGGYCGUCGUUUUGUGUGUGGYUCCAAGCGUCUUGUCCAGCCAGUGGAUAUCCCUAGCAUUGACAGGCAGCAAUCCCACACGAUUUAAAUCCAAGAAAAAUUGUGACGAAAUUGGUCAACUACUCAAUCAUAAACAGGUUCAAGUAUGCAAGAGAAAUAUCGAUUUAAUGGACAGUGUCAAACAUGGAGCGAGUGUCGCACUCGUAGAAUGUCARCAACAGUUUAAAUACCGACCUUGGAACUGUACCACUGUACAAUUUAGCAAAUCACCUGUAUUUGGAAAUUCAGUGAAUGGAGGUACACGAGAAGCUGCCUUUGUCCACGCCAUAUCAUCAGCCGGUGUUGCGUACGCUGUCACGCAGGAGUGCAGCGCUGGAAGACUCGGUCGUAAAUGUGGAUGCGAUAGCAAAUAUCGAGGCAAAGCCAACGGAGGAUGGAAGUGGGCGGGUUGCAGUGAUGAUAUUGACUUCGGUAUUAACUUCUCUGCACGGUUCGUCGAUGCACGAGAACGAGGCCGAGGAAUUGGCACGCCUGCUCGUGUGAAAAUGAAUCUGCACAACAACUGGGCGGGAAGACUGGCUAUAAAGAAGUACAUGGAGUUACAAUGCAAGUGCCAUGGAGUGUCUGGUUCAUGUAACAUCAAAACUUGUUGGAGAGUGCUGCCAGAGUUCAAGAAAGUGGGCGAAUUCAUCAAACAGAAAUUCGACGGUGCAACAGAAGUAGAACUAAAACAAAUUGGUGGUAAACACGUGCUACUUCCACGUGACAAAAAGUUUAAACCUCACACCAAGCUAGACCUAGUAUAUCUUGUACGAUCUCCUGACUUCUGUGAACCUAACCCCAGCACUGGGUCCCUGGGCACUCGCGGAAGACUAUGCAAUAGAACAUCACAGGCAAUCGAUGGAUGCGAUCUUAUGUGUUGCAGAAGAGGUUACACCACGGUCAUGGAAACACGCAAGGAACGAUGCGAUUGUAAAUUUUACUGGUGUUGUAAAGUACGAUGCCGCGAAUGUAUAAAAAAUGUUGAAGUGAAUUAUUGUAAAUAGUCGAAGAUCGUGUUCAAAAGUCUAUACUGUAAAUAUACGUGGACGAUGGACGAAAGUCGAGGAGGGCACAUGAAGCUUAUAAAGACAGUCCUUCCAAUCAGUUGACAAAGGCCUUUGAAGGAAUGAGAAGUUUCUUUAUGUAAGAAGUAUUAUAAAUGGCGGAAGAACUCCAAAAUCCUAGUUGGUUCACAAGAAGCUCGAGAUAUCGAGAACAUUACUUUAUUGAAAAAAAGUACUUUAUGUGGAAUUAUUAAUGUUAAAGACUGACCACUACGAAAUAGCUGAAAUCGUAUGGACAUGAGUCGUUAGGGUAAAUGCUCUCUCCUUGUAUAAAGUAGUAAUUUAUUCAAAAACUAUAGACACUUAACUAUUGAGCAUGCGUAGCUGGGCCUCUUCAAUAGGGACGGCUACCCAGGCUAAUAACGACUGAGCUCUGACAAAAGAUGCUGCUAAAUAAGCUCUGAUGGUACACAAAUGAACACAUUUUGAAUCAAGUAAAAAUCUGCUAUGACUGCAAUUUAAUAUUGCUGUUUUUAGGUCACAGCGGUCAUAGAUCUUUGCUGAUACUUUCUUCAAAAAAUCUCUCAUUAAUCAUCCAUUGUUCAGUGCCAUGUACACGUUCAUUUGCGAAAUUUCGUUUCUUGUAGUUUGAAUAUCAAUUUCACAGURACUUUGCAAAUUAGCUCAAACAGUAAAAAAAUGUAAACACCACCUAUUGACUAUAUUCUUAAAAUUCUAGUACAGGUGAGAAUAGCCUCGAAACUAUGUGUAAAUUGAUUGUUUAUUUUAUUGUUUUCUAUUCUAGGAACGAAGUAUUUCCCUCCUAUACUGGAAUUUUUAAGAAUAUUCAAUGUACGACAAUGAAAAUAGUUUGAAAUCUCACGAAUUUUAUCCAGAUUUCUGCAUAUUUUGCACACAAUUGAUCAGUCUAUCACAGCAAAAGAGAUCGCGAAAUUCAGCUAUUCCAGAGCAUAUAUUCACAGUGUGAUACGUUUGAUUGACUCUCAUUAACAUUUUCAACGUGGUGCUUCGAGGCACUGAUAUUACGUUGGCGAGAAAGUAUAUACAAUUUACUGAGCUCAACACCUCGAACUUCACAAGUGCCGAAGUCAUGUAAGGCAAAUUUCUUCAUGGUUUCCCUUUAUCUGUUUGGAUUGAAUGAGGCAAAUGUGAGAAACGGCGAUCGAAAGAUCCAUAAAAAUGUUGGCGAACACUAGAGCUAGAUAUCAUUCUUUGAAAAUACAGAAAAACGUAAGAGGACACCAGUGCAUUCUGGGGGAGGACAAGUGUUACAAGAAAAGUUAUGUUAAAAUGAUAAUAAUUUAUGUCUAACGAUCGACAAAACGAUACAAUAGUGUAUUGAGCAUGGUAGAAGUGUUUUAGAUAUUAAUUCGUAGCGUGUCACGUGGUCCUUGGUAAUCCCCAUAUUUAGAAACUUCUUAUAAAGUAAUAUAUAAGAAYUGACAACUGCUAAUGUAAUAAUUAUUAAAUCAUGAAUUUAUUGA